UGUCCUCAGGACCCUCCCCCAUUUAGUCCCUGUCCCUCUGUCAGUCCUCCGCUCUCCUCUGAAACGACUAUGGAGACUUCAGUGAAGACAGCUGAAGUGGUGCUUCCUCCGGACGUGACAGAGUGCACCCUGAUGGAGGAAGAGGAGACUGCAGCCUGCGCCCCCUACAGUCCCGUGGACGAGUUCAGGAGACGACUGGACGAGAUCGUGAGCAGCUACAGCAAAGGCCCCAGCGUCCUCGAGCAACAGACUUGGGUUGAAUCAGACAUGGAUAAAAAGAAGGACGAAGAGGACCACAGCAUCACACUGGAAACAGAGAUGUCACUAAUCCAGCAGAGUCUGAGCCAGCUGUCGUCCCCCGAGGAGAAGCUGCAGGACCUUGUCAAGAAAUAUGCUGAAAUGGCCUCCCUCCGCCGCAGUGAUGAGCAGAAGCUAUGUCAGCUCCAGCACAGGUUCAGUCGUCUGUUGGAUGAGAGGCAGCAGCUGCAAAAGGAGCAGAGGAACAACCUGAUGGCCCGCAGCAAACUGGAGACACUGUGCAGAGAGCUGCAGCGCGAGUAUGCAGAGCUCAGGGAGGAGACCAUUGAGCGCUGCAGAGAGGAUGAGAAGAAGAGGACUGAGAUGACAAACCACUUCCAGGAAAUGCUGACAGAAAUUCAGACCCAGAUCGAGCAACACAAUGCCCGGAAUGACAAACUAUGCACAGAAAACAACAACCUGACAGAGAAACUGGAGAGCCUCAUGAGCCAGUGUGAGCUCAGGGAGGAGAGUUUGGAGAAGAUUAACAAACACCGCGACCUGCAGCAGAAGCUGACGGAGGCCCGACUGGCUCAGUCCAACGCUCUGCUGGUUGAGGCUGAGGAGAAGCACAAGAGAGAGAAGGAAUAUCUUCUUAGGGAGGCUAUUGACAAAACAAAGAAAUGCUUCGCUAUGAAGGAGCAGGAGCUGUCCAUGAAGAAGAAGCUAGCUCUGUAUGCUCAGAAGUUUGACGAGUUUCAGGGGACUUUGGCCAAAAGCAAUGAGAUCUUCCACCGCUUCAAGAAAGAGAUGGACACCAUGUCUGAGAAGAUGAAGAAAAUGGAGAAAGAGUCUAACCUGUGGAAGACCAGAUUUGAGAACUGCAACAAGGCCCUGACAGACAUGCUCGAGGAGAGAACAGAAAAGGGGAAAGAAUACGACUUGUUUGUCUUGAAGAUCCAGAAGUUGGAGAAACUGUGCCGCACUCUUCAGGAGGAACGUAAAAUCCUCUACGACAAAAUCAAAGAUGUCCGCAACUCCAACGCCAGCAUCCCAGCCAAACUCGGCCUUCCUCCCCCCGAAACAGAGAAUAUUUUGACCCACGAAGACAUCGAUGAAAUGCAAAGUCAAGACCCAGUACUGACCCAGGACAUGGCCCGUCUCAAAGAGGAGCAGGCCAAACUUCAGCUGUUUGCAGAUUCCCUGUUUGAUAACGACGAUGCUGUGGAAGAUAUGGUCGAAAUGGACUUGGGGGAAGACGACAAGAUUGCGUCUGCGUUCGCCCAGUUUAAGACCAAAAAGGAGUCAGAAGAAGUUAAAGACGAUGUAAAAGAAGAAGUAGAAGCAUCAACAACAAAGAAAGAAGAGAAACAAGAGGCUGAAAAAUGCCCUCAAGAAUCAACACAAAAGGAGAAACCAGAGGAAGACACAAAGGUUCAACAAGACGUAACUGAAGCCGAAACUGAAACUACUCCAGUUCAGGUUACAGAAGAAAAGAUCGAGCCACAAAAAGACAUAGAUCAGACAAAACCCGAACUUACAAAAGUUGAAGAGGUCAAAGCCGAAGAGGUCAAAGUCGAAGAGGUAAAAGCUGAUGAGGUCAAAGUUGAGCAGAUCAAUGUUGAAGAAGUUAAACUUGAAGGCAAAGUUGAAGUUACAGAGAAACCUCACGAAGAAACAGCUUCAAAACCAGCAUCCGAAAACUCAAGUGAAUCCUCCAAGAAGCAAGUGCCAAAGAAGAAAAAGAAGAGGAACAACAAGACUGCUAGCUAAAACCAGGAAAUGUCCCACUGUAGACUCUGUGUGUUGAAUCCUUUGCAGUUUUGUGAAGGUUUUAUAAGUUAAAGCAGUUUGUCCCAAUGGCAAAAGUCACUGAGGACAGACAAUGGAGCGACUGUUUUUCACAGUUAAAACGUGUGAGGUGUAAAGAAAGAAACUGUUAGUAAAAUAUGAAACUUUGCCUAAAAAGCAAAGCACAAAAUGUAAAAAAGAAAUAUAAAGGAGUUUUCAAUAAUG